AGGGGCUUUAAUUUGAUUCGCUGUGGUGGAACAUAAGGUGAUCAUGGAGCGAACAGGGAAGAUCUUCUUUUAUGAGGACAAGAACUUCCAGGGCCGUUACUACGAAUGCAGCAGCGACUGUCCCGAGCUGAGCUCCCACUUCAGCCGCUGUAACUCCAUCAGGGUGGAGGGGGGCACCUGGGUGGUCUAUGAGAGGCCCCAGUACACGGGCUCCCAGUACAUUCUCAUGAGAGGGGAGUAUCCCACCUUCCAGAGCUGGAACGGCUUCAAUGACUCCAUCCGCUCCUGUCGCCUUAUCGGUUACCCAUCCAGCAGGCACAGGAUGCGCAUCUAUGAACGUCCUGACUUCGGCGGUCAGAUGAUGGAGCUGAGCGAAGACCUGCCCAGCCUGCAGGACCGCUGGCGCUACCGGGACAUCCACUCGGCCCACGUCCAGGAGGGCACCUGGGUCUUCUACGAGAGUCCCAACUAUAGGGGGCGCCAGUACCUGCUGGAAAAGGGGGAAUUCAGACGUCACUCCGAGUGGGGCGCUCUCCAUCCGGUUGUGGGCUCCAUCCGGCGUGUCGUAGACUUCUAAAAAAAUCCACCUUUACUCUGUUUUCUGAUCUUUUUCUGACUAAACUUUCUCCACAAAUAAACUCAAGA